AUGGCGACGGCGCGGUCCGCGGCGUGCGCGCGAUGGACGGCGCCGAAGGACCGACGCGCGAGGCGAGAGUCCGUCGACGCGCCGCGAUGGGCCCCCGGACUCGGAACCGUCGGCGUUUCACCAGAUUCUUCUUCUCGGAACGCGCGACGACGAACGUGUUCGUCGCGCGCGUCGUCGACACCGCCGCCGACGCCGGUGGCGAGAGACGCGCCGCCGCGGUGGUCGCUCGUCCACGCGCGCGCGGUCGCGGCGAUCGUCCACGUCGUGUUCGGCGGCGCCGACGCGCAGAAAGUCACACGGAAGGCGCUGCGACCGGAGUGGCGCGGACCGGACGGCGGGGAGGAGGACGACGCGCAUCGAUCAUCAUCGGAGGCGCUUCGCGGGUGGCCGGGCGACGCGCGCGGCGGCGGCGUGAACAACGCCGAGCGCGUCGCGAUCGCGGACGCGAUCCUGGGCGUCGAGGCGUCGCGGCUGCGGCUCGCGUAUCGCGCGUUAUCGCGUCUGCGCGCGCGGGGUGGGGAAGAAGAAGGAGACGCGCGGUGUGUCGCCGCGCUCGCCGCGAUCGUUCGCGAUUGCGGCGUCGACGACGACGACGACGACGACGACGACGACGACGACGCCCGCGAUCCCCCCGACCGCGCGGCGUGCGCCUCGGCCGCGGAGGCGAUGCUCGCGUCGUACUGGGCGGUCGCGGACGACGACGACGACGCCGACGCGGACGGCGUCGACGCGCGCCGCCGCGCGGCGACGUCGACGCCGACGCGGCGGCUGUCCCCCGGCGCUCUGGACGCGCUCCUCCUCGCCGAAAAUAACGAAAAUGAUCCCGUACAGGUAGUCGCCCCCCCCGCGGACCCCGCCGCGAAUAUCGCGGUCGAGCACUCCCUCCCCGCGUGGCUCGCGCGACGGUUCGUGUCGCAGCACGGCGUCGACGGCGCGUCCGCGCUCGCGGCGUCGCUUCGUCUUCGCGGCCCGGUGAUCGCGCGCGCGAACCUCGCGCGGUGCGCGUCGGUUUCGGCGCUCGCGGAGAAGUUGCGCGAAGAACGCGUUCGGACAGAGCGGCUCGCAACGUCGGACGCCACGUCGGACACCACGUCGGACGGGUCGCUCUCGCUCUUGCGGCGGCUCUCGCGCGGCGCCCCGGACGCGCUCGCGCUCCCCGAUGGACGGCCCAAGGUGGGCGGGAUCUUCGGGCUGCGGUGCUACCGAGACGGCGCGUUCGAGGUGCAGGACGCGGGGUCGCAGUGCGUCGCGGCGGCGGCGGCGGAGGCGGUGCUCGCGUCCGCGGCGGCGGCGUCGGCGUCGGACGCUGCCACGUCAGAUCGGACUGUCGGACACUCACUUCGGACGUGGCGCGUGCUCGACGCGUGCGCGGGGAACGGCGGGAAGGCGCUCGCGAUCGCGUCAGCGCUGUCUCGCGGCGACGCGCCGGGCGUUCGCGCGUUCGCGAUCGACUGCCACGACGUCGACGAGCGACGGCUGCGGCACCUGAGAGCCGCCGCGGCGCGCGCGGGAUUCGGCGAGGGCGAGGAUGGGAAUUCUCGAACCGUCGCGGGGGAGAUACGAACCGUCGACAGCGCGAUGCUUCGCGCGGUCGCCCGCGGCGAGCUCCCGGCGUACGACGCCGUGCUCGUGGACGCGCCGUGCUCGUCCACGGGCGCGUUGCGGCGCUUCCCUUCCCUGAGGUGGACGCUGGACGAAAGCAAAACGUCCGAGACGGAAACGGAGACGGAAUCGGAAACGGAAACGUCCUCAUCCCGAGUGUUACUCGAGUAUUGGAACACCCCAGACGCCGCGUACGACGCGGACGCGGUUGGCGUCGACGGUCACGCGCCGGUGAGCGACGCGUCGUGGCCGGCGCUGCAGCGGAGGGUGCUCGCGCGUUUCGCCGGCUGCGUCGCCGCCGACGGCGGCGCUCUCGUCUACGCGACGUGUUCGCUCCUGGACGCGGAGAACGUCGGCGUGUCGCGAUGGUUCGAGCGCGCGAAGUGGACGACGGGCGCGGGCGAGGGCGCGGACGCGUCAGGGGAAGAUGUCGAUUUCGUAACGUUCGAGCCCGAUCCGUUUCCGCGCGGGUGGCCGGGGGAGGAGGACGCCGACGCGCGCGCGACGCACGAGGUCGCGCUCCGGCCGGACGCGCACGGUUGCGACGGGUUUUACAUCGCGCGGUGGCGGAGGCGGCGGAAGGUUAGGUUUAGUUUAGAUUAG